AUGGGGCCGCACGCGGCGAAGAAGUCCAAGGCCUCGCCUGAGGAGGAAGCCUCUUCGCGCAGCGGGAAGAAGCGCGCGUACGAGGACACAGAGGAGGCGGCGCCCGCGCCUCCCCCGAAGAAAGAUCGAGUCGAGGAGAGGUCUGACGGCGCGCAGCCCAAGAAGAAAAGAAGGGCCGCGGAGACCUCCGCGGACGUGGACUCUAGCGCAUCCUAUUCGGCUGUCUCGAAGUCAAAGCGCGCGAAAGAAGAACGACCAGCAGCGCCUUCAGCAGCCGACGACGACGAGGCUGCGCUGUCCAACUUUGACUUGUCCAAGACGUCACUGAAGUCCCUCCAGCGCCGCGGCAUCACGCGCCUCCUCCCCGUUCAGGUCGCGGCCUACAGACACGUGCUCGCGGGUCGUGACUUCAUCGGGCGCGCGCGGACGGGCACAGGCAAGACGAUUGCGUUCGCGCUGCCUCUCGUGGAGCGGCUCUGCCUGGCGGGGGCUAGCGAGAAGGCGAAGGAGAGCAGGAAGCGCGAGAAACCGCGGGUCGUCGCGCUUCUUCCCACGCGCGAGCUCGCGCAGCAAGUUCACGAAGAAUUCGAGGCGCUUCUGGGCGGCCGCCUCUCCGCGGUCUGUUUGUAUGGCGGGGCGUCAGAGUACCCGCAACUGCAGAAGCUGCGCGUGGGCGCGACAGUCAUCGUCGCGUGCCCAGGGCGGUUCAAAGACUUCAUGGAUCGCGGUGAAAUCAAAGGCCAGGCGCUGGAAGCUGUCGUGCUGGACGAGGCCGACCGCAUGCUGGAAAUGGGGUUCCGCGAAGACGUCGAGGAGAUUCUCCAGUGGGCGAACAAGGAGCGCGAAGAGACCGCGAAGGACGCCGAGGCGGCGGUGCAGAUGCUGCUCUUCACUGCGACGUUGCCGAAGUGGGCGGUGAGCCUCGCAGACCGCUUCAUGCGCAGCGACCGCGUCAUCGUGGACGUCGUGAAGCUGCAGGAGAAGCAGGCGAAGGCGGCGUCCGCAGCAGACGCCGCCGAAGCGAAAAAGCAAAAGAGCUCCAUUGAGCACCUCGUGCUUUUCUGCGCUUGGCAGUCGCGCACGCAGGUCCUGGGCGAUCUUCUCUCGCUCUACAGGCCCCCCGGGAAGGCGUCGUCGGUCAUCAUCUUCGCCGAGACGAAGCAAGAAGUGAACUCGAUUGCGGUGGCCUCCUCGAUUCGACACCUGUGCGCGCCGUUGCAUGGGGAUAUCCCCCAGAACCAGCGCGAAGCGACGCUGAACGCCUUCAAAAAGGGCAAGUUCGCCUGCCUCGUGGCGACCGACGUCGCCGCGCGCGGGCUGCACGUAGACGACCUCUCGCUGGUCAUCCAGAUCUCGCCGCCGAGAGACGUCGACACAUACGUCCAUCGCGCGGGGCGAACGGGGCGCGCCGGCAGAAAGGGCAUCUGCAUCACGCUAGCCAAGCUGUCGGACGUGCCCUUCUUGCGGCGCAUCGAGCGCGACGGCGGGUUCCUCUUUCGGCGCGUGGGCACGCCGCAGCCGCGGACCAUCUACCGCCAGCUGCUUCUGCAGCACGUUGAGAAGCUUGAGGAGCCGCAGGACGAGGAGGAGGGCACGUCGGAGAGCGGCCGCGAGAGCGAGAAGCAACUCCAGAAGGCCGUGAAGCGCCUCCUCGACACGUUCGCCCCGGAGGAGGCUGUCAAGCGCUGCCUGAAGGAGCUCCUGCACAUCGCCGAGCAGAAUCGCGGCCACGGCGGCGAGAAAAAGAGCGAGAAGGACGCGUCAGACGACGAGGCGGAGGCUGGGGCGAAGAAGGCUGGCACGUCGCACAUUCUGUCGUGUCUGAACGGGCGCAGUGCCUUCAAGACGUUCCACAUGGAGAUGAAGCGAAUGCGCGAGCCGCUGCGCGGCUGCGGGUACCUCUGGAGGGCCUUGAAAGAGGCGUACAAGAGCCGCCAGCAGCACGACCUGAUUGAGAGGAUUCAGUGCAUGACCCUGUGCGAGGACGCCAAAGGGGCUGUCUUUGAUGUCCAAGAGGAGGACCUCGAUGCGUUCAACGCGGAGAUCCUCAAGCCGCUGGCCGCCUCGGAAGGAAAGCGAAGGCGGAAGACCGACGGCGAAGGCGACGAGGAGGGUGAGGACGGUGAGGACACAAGCAGCAGCAGAGGCCACCGGUAUGGUUCAGGCUUCUCCUUCACCAUCAAAGAAGUCGAGGACCUACCGCCUCUGCAAGACGCCCUCGCGGCGCUGAGGUCCGACGCAAGUGGCGGGCGAGGAAAUGGAGGGGACUUCGACGGCAGCCGAAAUCCGAACCACGUCUCCAGCCGGCGAGGACGCGACGGAGACAGAGGACGAGGCAGCGGCAGAGGUCGGGGCGCGGACAGAGGCAGAGGAGCCGAUUCGGGCAGGGGCGGCUUCUCUGGCGGGCGAGGACGAGGCGGCGCAGACCGGGGCGUGGUGGGGGGCUUCAGCCGGGGCCGCGGGGGGCGAGGCGGGUUCUCGGGUCGCGGACGGUAA